AUGAGAUCAGAUGAUGGAUUGUAUUUUGGUAUGGAUAUGAAAAUAUUUCAAAAGAAAGUUUACAAUUUUCUUGAACGACCUAGUCGUGGUUGGAUUUGUUUUGCCUAUCAUUUUUUGGUGUUUCUUAUUGUUCUUUCCUGUUUGGUCAUCGGUGUUAUAUGUACCAUAGGUGAAUAUGAAGAAAAAAUAACACAAAAAUUUAUUUAUGUGGAAAUUUGUUUGGUAAUUUUCUUUGCAUCGGAAUAUGUUAUACGUGUAUGGUCAGCGGGUUGCCGUGCUAAAUUUAAAGGUUGGAUUGGAAGGUUUCAUUUUAUGAGAACACCAAUUAGUUUGAUUGAUUUAUUUGUUGUUUUUGCUUCAUCGAUUGUUAUUGGAUUUCAUAUUACGGGUCGAAUCAGUUCAACGAAUCCAGUGAUGGCAGCAUCGCCAGCACUUCGAAUAAUUCGUUUUUUCCAAAUUUUACGCAUGUUACAUGUUGAUCGUAAAGCACAUUCAUGGAAACUUCUUCUUAAUGUAGCAUAUCUUCAUCGAAUUGAAUUAAUUACAACAAUGUAUAUGGGUUUUAUUGUACUUAUUAUUACGUCGUAUUUAGUUUAUUUGGCUGAACGAGAUUAUAUUAUAGAAGGAAAGAAACCAUUUGAAUCUUAUGCUGAUGCACUUUGGUUUGGUAUUGUAACCGUUGCUACAAUUGGAUAUGGAGAUCGUGUGCCACAUACAUGGGCAGGACGAAUUGUAACAGCUUGUUUAUCUAUGAUUGGUAUUGCUUUUUUUAGUUUACCAGCAGGCAUUUUAGGAUCUGGUUUUGCUUUACAUGUUCAACAAAAAGAAAAACAAAAAAUGUAUCAUAAACAAUAUCCAGCUGCAGCACAAUUAAUUCAAACAGCAUGGCGUAUGUAUGCAACCAGUCGUCCUCAACAAGAUAAUGCAACAUGGCGUCUCUAUAAACUUAUUGAUCCUACUUUUGCUGAAAAAAUGAUAUCAAGAUCACGUUAUAAUUCCUUACUUCGACGACGAUCUGCUGCUCAUAAUUUUGGUGAUCAAUCAUCAUUGGAUAGUUCACCGUUAGCAAAUAAGAUAGGAAUAGAUCAGUUACCAGAAAAAUUUAAACAAGCUAUUCGUGUUAUGCGACGAAUGAAAUUUUUUGUUGCACGUCGAAAAUUUCAGGAAGCAAGAAAACCAAGUGAUAUGACAGAACUUGUUAAACAAACAGCUGAAGAUAAUCAAGCAUUAAUGAUAAGAUUAAAAGAUUUACAACGAAAACUUGAUGCAACACUUGGUUAUGUACCUUCAUCACGUGAUAAUACGAUAUCAUCACGUACGAAUCAAAAUAGUUUUGUAUCACGAUAUCGUGUAAAUCGUUCAUCUAGUCAAACUCGUAGUGGUCAAACAACUGUUCUUGAACAUUUACAAAUGUUUAAUGAACGUUUAACAUCAGUUGAACAACAAAUGAACUCUAUGACAAAUUUAUUACAACACAUUGAUGAUCGAAUAAGUCAGUUGAAUAAAAGCUGA